AUGUCGAUGCUCGAUUCGUUCUUCAAUAAGGGCUUCAAAGCUGUAAAGUGCAAAACCUUGCUCAAGUUAACGAUACCUCGGAUUAAGCUAAUCAGGAAUCGAAGAGAAGCGCAAAUUAAGCAAAUGCGCCGAGAAAUCGCUAAGCUUCUCGAGACUGGGCAAGAAGCCACUGCUCGAAUUCGGGUUGAACAUAUUAUAAGGGAAGAGAAGAUGAUGGCUGCUCAAGAGAUACUUGAGCUCUUCUGUGAGCUCAUAGCUGUUCGUCUUCCAAUUAUCGAGGCUCAAAGGGAAUGUCCUCUAGAUCUAAAAGAGGCAAUAUCAAGUGUAUGUUUUGCUGCGCCGAGGUGCUCUGAUUUGACGGAGCUGCAGCAGGUUCAGAUGCUUUUUGUUUCCAAGUAUGGAAAAGAGUUCGUUGCAGCUGCAUCUGAGCUCAAGCCGGAUUCUGGUGUCAAUCGUAAGUUGGUGGAGUUGUUGUCUGUGCGUGCACCUUCCCCAGAGACUAAACUGAAACUUCUCAAGGAAAUUGCAGAAGAACAUGAACUUGAUUGGGACCCUGCUUCUACAGAAACUGAUCUAUUCAAAUCGCAUGAAGAUCUUCUUGAUGGACCAAAGCAGUUUACUGGGGGCUCUAAGCAGCCAUUACAGGAGGAACAACAUGAACGGCCACAUUUGAUAAUGAAAUCUAUUUCACGUCCAAAGGAGCAAUCUGAUUCUGACUCAGAGUAUGAAGGUUUGGACUUUCCGGAGGUUCCAGAUGUCUUGCUGCGGCCGGCUCCUGCUGCUACCCCUGAAAAUGCACCAGAGGCAGCGAAAUCUGCCAGCCAUGGACAUACUGAUCCAGACUUGCCCUUUGAUUCAGAGAAUGCACGCGACGAACAUCCGGCUUCCAAAAGAGAUGAACAUCCUGCUUCCAAAAGAGAUGAACAUCCUGCAAAAGGAAGCACGACCGUCGUGGAAGGCCAACAAUCUCCACUCAUUGUUUCUUCGCAGUACGUGACAGAAUCUGAAUCCGUGAAACAGAACAGUUACUCUCCACCACCCGUUGACGUAGUGGGACACUUCUCUACAAAAGAGAGUGGCGCUUUGAGGGAUGCUCCAAGGAGAAUAUCCGAGUUGGACUUGCAGGAUGUCUUAACGGCUGCUCAAGCUGCUGCUGAUUCAGCAGAACAUGCAGCAGCAGCUGCUCGUUCAGCUGCAAGUCUUGCACAACUUAGAAUCAAUGAGCUCACCAAGAAGACAACACCUGACCAGUCUCCAGAGAGUCCUAAUGAGAACCCUUUCCAUUCAAACCCACCACAGACGAUGGAAAAAUCGCAAUUUGAUCAUCAGAAUUCUUUGGUCAGUAGCUUCGGAGAUCUUACAGACUUCCAAAUGGCAGACACUUCAUCACAUUUUAGCCAUGAGCGGAACAACCACCAAGCAGAGAGACUCCCUUCAAUGGAAAACCCGCGGUUUGAUCAGCAGAACUCAUCGGCCAGCAGCUACGGCGCUUCAAUGGAAAACCCGAGGUUUGAUCAUCAGAACUCAUCAGUCAGCAGCUACGGCGAUCUUACAGAGCUUCAAAGACCAGAGACCUCAUCAUUUGACAGACUCAGCCCUGAUCAGGACCACCAGCAAAUGAGGUUGCCUUCCAUGGAAGAUGAUCCCUAUUACUCAUACCCUAAUCUGUUCACAUCGCAGAAACCUGAUCGCUCACCAGACAAUACAAAACCUGCCCAUGAUUCUUGA